AUGAGCUACGUGUUGAAGAGUGUGGAAUUCACAAACAAGGGAUCUGUGGAGCUUCGUUUGAUCAUCAGAAAAGCCCUUACUGAGGAAAAACGCGUCUCUACAAAAACAUCAGCUGCAGAUCUUGUGACAGAGACUGAUCACCUUGUAGAGGAUUUAAUUAUUUCUGAGUUACGGAAAAGGUUUCCUUCACACAGGUUCAUUGCAGAAGAGGCCGCUGCAUCUGGGGCCAAGUGCGUGCUCACCCACAGCCCAACUUGGAUCAUUGAUCCCAUUGAUGGCACCUGCAACUUUGUGCACAGAUUUCCCACUGUGGCAGUUAGCAUUGGAUUUGCCGUUCGCCAAGAGCUUGAAUUUGGAGUGAUUUACCACUGCACAGAGGAGCGGCUGUACACGGGCCGGCGGGGCCAGGGCGCCUUCUGCAACAGCCAGCGCCUCCGGGUCUCCCGGGAGACAGAUCUCUCCAAGGCCUUGGUUCUAACAGAAAUUGGCCCCAAGCGCGAUCCUGCCACUCUGAAAUUGUUCCUGAGUAACAUGGAGCGACUGCUCCACGCCAAGGCACAUGGGGUCCGGGUCAUUGGAAGCUCCACCUUGGCACUCUGCCACUUGGCCUCAGGAGCUGCAGACGCCUAUUACCAGUUUGGCCUGCAUUGUUGGGACCUGGCAGCCGCCACGGUCAUCAUCAGAGAAGCAGGUGGCAUCGUGAUCGACACUUCGGGCGGACCCCUCGACCUCAUGUCCUGCAGAGUGGUUGCUGCCGGCACACGGGAGAUGGCGAUGCUCAUAGCUCAGGCCUUACAGACUAUUAACUAUGGGCGGGAUGAUGAGAAGUGAGAUUGGCGGACGGCACAGCAGUUCUGAAGGCCUCCCUGGGGCGCUGUGAGGCUCCUGGGGAGGGGGCCUGGUGGCCUGCACCCCGUGCCAGUGACCCCACUGCUCCCAGCUACCCCGAAGGAAGAUGUCGUGCCAUACUUGGCUAGCCUCUUAAAUCCUCGUCUCUUUCCCUGGAAUUUGGUGUGUAGCUGGCUUCUCUCUUUAAUCUCACGUAGCCUUUUCAGGUUGGUACACGUUCUCCUGUCAAACCAAAACCCAAAUCUCCUCUGAAGCACGUAUGGAUAAUCCAGUCUUGAUUCUCUUCCCAGAAUAUAAAUCUCAGGUAAUAAGGCUUUAGAACUGCUGAAAAAGCAGACUCAUUCUCAGGCCCUACCCCUAUGGUACUUCAGAAUGCAAUAAAUCAAAAUAACGGCA